GGGACCAUGCUUGGAUCAAAACAAUUUUCGUGCGGCGUGGACAAGACGUUUUUGGAAAAAGCGAUGCGCUCGUGAAAAUCCUUGCGUGAUCCGUUCUAGGACUUCACCCGUGUGCCCGUGGCCUAUUCCGACGAGGAUCUUGUUCGCGGGAAAGUUGUGUGCCGCCAAGGGGAAAAACCACCGCGACCGCUAUCAAAGCCGAUUCCGGUCGCCUCCUGGAUAGGUGAUGCAAAAGGAGCACCGCAAACGCCAGGGAACCUCGAACACCAGCUCGGCCAGCAACGCUCUCAAAAUCAGUAAGAAGAUCAUCGAGUGAUCGGCGCUAGGCGUAACCAUCAACGCAGGAGAGAUCCGACCAGUUUCCCGCUUGACACGAUGGGGGUCAUUAUUUCAAGAUUUCGGAAAGAGAAAACGACUUUACAGAUACUCGAAGGAUUGGAGGAGAAGAUAAAAGACCUCGAGGCAUACACGAUCAGCACGCAGGCACGGCGGAAACGUUUCGUGGGCCGAUUCUUGGUCACAUCGAUCGUGCUAUAUGUUGUCGCCUCGCUAGUGUUUUACUUUGCCUUCUUCCCGCCAACAUGGAACGAACGAAUCGUACACUCGGUUCCACUCCUCAUCUGUCCGAUCAUAAUUUUCAUUGUGAAACGAGUACUGGCAUGGCACUACGAGCGCAAGGUGCGUUUAAACUCGAACAAACUGAAGGAUCUACGUGCGGAGAAGAAGAAAAUUCUCGAAAAGGUGAUGGAAAAGGAAACGUACAAGGUGGCGGUCGAGAUUCUGGACAAGUUCGGUGAAAAGUCACACCGGCUCCAGACGCAGGCCUUCAAUGCAUCGUUGAACGCGCUGCGCUCACCGGCACCGAAGCCAAUGCCCGUCGGAAUGCCAUCUCCGCGUCCACCGGGUACACCAGCUGGCGCGAUUCAAAGACAGCCUUCUCCACCGACAGCCGGGAGACCGAUGGGUACGCCAAUGACUCCGCAGAUGAUCCGUCCGUCGAUGAACCCGAUGCAAACGCCACGGACUGCCCCGGGGAAUUUUAUGCCACGACCUUCGGUGCAACAACCGUUCCCAGGAAGGCAGCCCGGAGCCUACCGUCGGACACCGUUCCCAAUCAUCAACCACAACGAGAAGAGUGUCGUGGAGAAGAUGGUGGACUAUCUGGUUGGCGAUGGGCCCACCAACCGGUUCGCGAUGAUUUGUAGCGAAUGCUUUAUGCACAACGGUAUGGCGCUGAAAGAAGAGUACGAGUUUACGGCCUUCCGGUGUGCGUUCUGUGGCGUGUUUAAUCCGGCGAAAAAGCAACGUCCCUUGGCACCUCGGCUUUCCUCGGAGCAGCAUGAACUUGAUAAGCUUCAGCAGAAGCCCGCCUCAAGCGACGGCUCCGAAGGAGAAGAGGAGGAAGAGGAUGCUUCUUCCGACUCCUCACAGUCUGGCGAAUCCCGCCGUAGUCCGGGCGUCGGAGAGGAAGGACCCGUUGAGUCUGAGUUGGAGCUUCAAAACGCGGAAGCGCGGCAACUGCAGACGGGAUUAUCAACGGCCGAAGUGGGCGAUGAGAGUGAGCAGCAGGGGAUCGAUCAGCCGGACAGCGAUAGUGACAGUGCCGCUAAGCCACAGGCACCAAGAGAAAACGCGCCAGAACCGGAAGUGCCAACCAGACCAGAGACCGUGGGCUCGAAAAAAGUGGACUGAAUUUUCUAUUUAUACGCUCUCAUGUAAAACUCGUCAGAUGGUCUCUUCGGAUGAUAAGCUGUGUAAAGGAUUUCGUCACUCGACAUUGCACUCUUCGGCUGGAAAAGGGGAAAAGAUUAGAUGGAUAGCACUCGCGACAUUCGCUGGGCACGCAUGGGCCGCAUGGGCCAGUUCUCUUCACAAAACCGCUUUCAAAGUCAGACACACCGAUGAUUGCAUUUAGGCGUUGCUUUAGCUAGUCAGGGUAGGGAUCAUCAAGGCUCAUCGUAACGGCUGCCAGGCCAGGGUGGGUGCACGCUGCCGAGACUCGGAAUCAAUUUGAACUCAAACCUUUUGCCAACUUUAACGUGCCUGAUAGUGAAAAUGGUCAAGAAGGGAUAGCGUUCGAAUUUUCUGCCCGUUUAACUACUUUUUAAAUCGAAUGGAUCUUUUUGUGACGAAUGAGCCGAGUGCAGCUGGAGAGUGUAAAAAGAAAAGGCAGGAAAAGACUCGUUUGUUGAAGGUUCUUAGCUCUUGUUGUAAUUAUAGCAGUACUUAUUGUAAGAGAACGCAAUAAAAGAAAUUGAAAUUUUCGCAAUA